AUGGAUCCGAGAAUGUGCAGGAAAAUCAGUAGUAGUGAAAGUCUUCCAGACGCUGAAAAUGCGGAGUUUGAAAUAUCAAACAUCAUCGCACCGCAGGAGAGUGAAGAGAAUUUCUUAUUGGAGGGCAGUCCGGAACAGCACUCGGUAACUUGGCUGGACGACGAUCAAAUUGAUGACUUAGAUCUCAAUUUAGACCAAACUAACCUAUUUUUUCAUAGAGUCGAUAGUGCAGAUAUAAUAUACAGAACUAAAAAGAAAAAAUGUAAAAUGGUAGGGAAAUACGUGAUGGGUGACGUAUUGGGAGAGGGAUCUUAUGGUAAAGUGAAGGAGAUGUUGGACUCGGUGACGCUUUGUAGACGAGCUGUUAAAAUAUUAAAAAAACGAAAAUUGAGAAGAAUACCUAACGGAGAACAGAACGUGCAAAGGGAGAUACAAUUAUUGAGAAUACUUAGACACAAAAAUGUGAUAGAACUAGUCGAUGUUAUGUAUAAUGAUGAGAAGCAAAAAAUGUAUUUAGUUAUGGAAUUCUGUGUUGGCGUGCUACAGGAUAUGUUAGAAUCCAAUCCCAGUAAGAAGUUUCCUCAACGGCAAGCACACGAUUACUUUACACAGCUGCUGGACGGCUUAGAAUAUUUGCAUGGUCAGGGUGUAGUACACAAAGAUAUUAAACCGGGAAACCUACUCCUUACAUUGGACCAAACAUUAAAAAUAACUGAUUUCGGUGUUGCUGAGGCGUUGGAUAUGUUUUCUCCGAAGGACACAUGUUAUACCGGUCAAGGUUCUCCUGCCUUCCAACCUCCUGAGAUUGCAAAUGGUGCCGAACAAUUCUCGGGAACAAAAGUUGAUAUAUGGAGUAGUGGGGUUACAUUAUACAAUAUGACGACAGGGAAGUAUCCGUUCGAGGGUGACAACGUGUACCGGCUGUUGGAGGCCAUCGGUCGAGGGGAGCCUUCGCCCCCGCCCCCAGCUGUGGGGCCCGAGCUACAACGACUGUUACAACACAUGCUGAGCAGGGACCCCGAGAAGAGGCCCACUGUACAGGAGAUUAGGAGACAUGACUGGGUUCGUUCUAUCCCUCCGUGGAGAGCUGGUGAGACAGCAGUUGGUCCUCGUUCCCGUCGUUCAGACGAGCUUCACUCAUCAACUGUGAUACCAUACUUGGUAGAAAGACACUACGGCGGACACGACUACUACACGGAACGAGAAUUGAGGCAUGAAUUGGGUGACGGUUCCCGUACAAUGUCGACAGCGGAACUGUCAGACGAGUCGACGCAAUGCAAGCGACGCUGGCACUCGUCGUGUGGACGUCUGCCGUGCCGACUAACUUGA